UGUGUAAAAGAUUAAAAAACAACUACCACAAUCACUUCCACUCGCGCCUUGGGAAUGUCCAAAACUGACCCUUAACAAAAGCCACACGUGCCAUAUAUGCCUUCAAAAUUCUCAACAACAUAAAGGGCAGUGACAUGAACCUGUCAGUUUCAUAGCAAAAUUAUUAUCCGUUUAUUCCCUUCUACUCAUCUGUCAAAUCUUUGCAGCCUCCACUCUCUCUCUCUCUCUCUCUGCACUUUUUGGUUUUAAAAAAAAAAACAAGAAAAACAAAACAAAACAAAACAAAAUCAAAUGGUUGCUAAGGACUAUGAUCCCUUUACAUGCGUGGUUGGUGUAAAGAUGGGUAGGAUAAUGCAGAGUAUUGAUUACUCAAGGCUUUUCUGGCUAUUUUUUGGGGUCUUCUCCCACGUAUAUCAUGAGGGAAAGCCUCGGAUUUAGGACUCUACAAUCUUAGAUGAUACCACAAACUAUUUCUGUUUUUUUAUUUUUAAAUUUUUGCUCUUUCUUUUUCUACUACUCUUUCUGCACAAAAGUUGCAGUACAAAUUAUAUUAUAGCACUUAGUUAGAACAUAUAUAAUAUAGUUUAGAAUCCAACAUGUAUUUCAAUAAAAAGAAUAAGGAUGAUGAUAAAGCUGAGCAUCGUUAUAUGGAAACCGACCCAACUGGUCGAUAUGCCCGGGUUGGAGAUAUUCUUGGAAAAGGUGCAAUGAAGACUGUGUAUAAAGCAAUUGAUCGGGUCCUUGGAAUAGAGGUAGCAUGGAAUCAGGUCAAGCUCAAUGAGGCUCUUCGCAAACCGGAGGACUUGGAGCGGCUUUAUUUAGAGGUUCAUCUUCUCAGUACCCUCAAGCACCAAUCCAUAAUGAGAUUCUACACCUCUUGGAUUGAUGUUGAGAACAAGACCUUCAACUUCAUUACAGAAAUGUUUACUUCAGGGACACUGAGAGAAUACAGGAAGAAAUACAAGCACAUAGGCGUACAAGCAAUAAAGAGUUGGGCACGCCAAAUCCUACAGGGUCUUGUUUAUCUACACGAACAUGAUCCUCCAGUAAUUCAUAGGGACCUCAAAUGUGAUAACAUAUUUGUCAAUGGCCAUCUUGGACAAGUGAAAGUUGGUGACCUUGGUCUAGCAGCAAUUCUCCAUGGUUCACUGCCAGCCCACAGUGUUAUAGGCACCCCCGAGUUCAUGGCACCAGAAUUGUAUGAGGAAGAAUACAAUGAACUUGUUGAUGUGUACUCAUUUGGCAUGUGUGUUUUAGAAAUGCUUACAUCUGAUUAUCCAUAUAGUGAAUGUACUAACCCUGCGCAAAUAUACAAGAAAGUGACAUCGGGGAAGCUACCAGCAGCACUUUUCCGGAUUGAAGAUGCAGAAGCACAAAAGUUUAUUGGCAAAUGUCUUGUAGCUGCAUCAAAGAGACCAUCAGCAAAAGAAUUAUUGCAUGAUCCAUUUCUUGUGUCUGAUGAUGCAACAUCUGUGUCAAGAAUUGGAAUUUUGAAACCAUUUUUGAAUUACAGUGAGAUGGAAAAACUUCAACUGAGUGAUGAUUUAAGUAGGACUGAAAUGUCAAUAACUGGGAAGCUGAAUCCGGAUGAUGAUACUAUCUUUCUCAAAGUGAAAAUUUCUGAAAAGGAUGGUUCUUGUAGGAAUGUAUAUUUUCCAUUUGACAUUUACACAGACACUCCUAUUGAUGUUGCAAUGGAGAUGGUUAAAGAAUUGGAGAUCACAGAUUUGGAGCCUUCUGAUAUUGCAAAUAUGAUUGAAGGAGAGUUAUCUGUGCUUCUGCCAAAUAGGAGGAAUAGUAACUAUUCAGACACCUGCCAUACAUUUAGUUAUCAAGAUGAUGAUGAGGAUGAAGGUCCACGUCAUCAUUUCCACUCUUUCUCUUCUUGUUCAUCAUCCCAAGAAUCAAUAUCAGGUCCAGUCAAUAGAGCUGAUGACUUAUCAAAUGGAUAUUAUUGGCUCCAUGAUGAUAUGCUUGAUGAUGCCAGUUCACGAUGCUCUUCACAUGGGACUUAUUCCAACUUGAACUUUUGUUCAGUGGAUGACCAAGAGCACAAUGUGGCUUCUACAAGAAAAGAUAAACAUCCCAUCAUUAAGAUUCACAAGUGUACAAGAUUUUCUCCAGGGGAAGACCCCAUCACUUUGAACCAUUGCAAAGUUUUACCAGGACCACAAGCACCUUCAACUAUUAAAAGGGUGAUAGAUAAUCGUAGAUUAACAAGGAACAAGUCACUAAUUGACAUGAGAAGCCAAUUACUACACAGAUCACUGGUUGAGGAAGUGAACAAAAGACGGUUAUUCAAGACAGUAGGAGCUGUUGAAAACAUUGGAUUUCAGACACCUUAUGAAGUUACCAACAAAAAACCACAGCCACUAUGUGGUGCUUUUCAAGGAGUAGCAAGACAGAACUUAAGAGCUAAGAAAACUUAAAAAUUGCUGUCUCUUGAGGAUUGAAAUUCAAGAGAAAAAGAAAAUGGAUAUCUUAUGUGUCAUGGACUAGAGAAAAUUAUGAGGUUGAUGUGAUGUUGGGUAUCAAACUUUCAACGAAUAAUUAGUACUAUUUCAUGAAAAGUUCAUUUUCAAGGUUGGCCAGAGAUACACCUAAACAGAUGUAUUAUUAGGGUGUUUGGGUUCAAAUGAGUGUAAAUAGAUGUAUAUGGUUGUGUUGGUAAAAAAAAUAAAUUAUUUUUAUUGAGAUGAAUCAAGUCAUUUCAAUUAAGAUGGACCAGCAUGCACUACUAUAUCUAUAUUAAGAUUCAUUGUAAUAUUCAUUGUGCUUGUGGUUGGUUUGACUAGUUAGGCCAUAAACCGACCUGCAUGCUUUUGAAUAUGAUAAUGUGCGCUAUUUAUGGUCAGCAAUGAAUAUGAUUAUGUGUGCUAUUUAUGGUUAGCAUUGAAUAUGAUUAUGUGCGCUAUUUAUUUGCAUCCAUUUAGUUUUGAAUGAUCAUUUUACACUGCUUGAGGUGCAUAGGCCCUAAAUGAAAAGAGAGACG